AUGUGGCUUCGGAGCUGUUCAGGGGAUGUACCUGAGUGGAUUGUCUUCGAUUUCUUUUUCUCUCUUCUCGCCGCAUUCAAACACAAACGAUCGAAGAGUGCGCUGGCGCUUGCAAUCUUACAUCGUGAUAAAUCAAAAGACAUCAACGAAGAUCUCGCCUAUCGUGAAAGUGGUUCGCUUGAGUCUGGCGCGUCCUCUCCUGUUAACAGCACCUCCUCUUUCUCACUGCUGUCGCACAAGAAUAGCAGCCGCCGAAAGUCGCCCCAAGAGGCAAACCCCCCUCCCAUGAACUCAGAGACGACGCUUGAGCCAACCGGCUUCAAUUACAGCACAGAAAACGUCGAGAAAAUGCCGUCUCUAGCUCAUUCAGGGAUUGGAAGCAUGACACUUGAACAAUCCGUGCGCACCUUUCGAUUAUUCGAGAUUCUGCGGAGCGGGGACACGAAUGCGAUAUUGAAAGCGAUUAAGGAGACCAGGGAGCCUCAAGGGGCAUGCGCUUUGGCUGGCACAACGAUCCUGCAUUUGGCAAUUCAAUGUGCCGAGCCGCAGGUUGUCGAAUUCGUUUUGUCUCUGGGAGAUGAUCUGGAUAUCAACGCCCGCGAUCGAGAUGGGAAUACUCCACUUCAUCUUGCGGCCCAGCUAGGAAGAGGGCCUCUAGUCCGCGAGUUGUUGAAUCGUCCCUCAGUCAAUGAUUCAAUUGUCAAUUACCGUGGCCAGACUGCCCUUGAUGUUGCGCGUAACCCCGAAAUUUUCCAGCAGCUCCAGCUUGCUAGAUCUCUAUUUAUUGACAGUAAGACACAAGAAAUCCAGUCCCUUGUGUCUCAAGGCGAUCACGAGAAGCUUGAGAAGGUAUUGGAGGAGCCGCGCGUUGAGGGAAUAUUAGAUGUGAACAGCCUGGACUUGGUCACCGACCCAACUACCGCACAAUCUGGAGGCACCUUGCUGCAUGAGGGCGCUAGAAAGAAAGAUACGAGACUCAUCCAAAUUUUACUCAUGCAUGGAGCUGAUCCUUUCCGGCGCGAUAAGAAAGGUAAGCUGCCUCAAGAUGUUACGAAGGACGAUAAGACACGUGCCAUUGUCAAAAAAUCUCCUGCUGCAGUUAUCGCACAGCGUGGCAUUCAAGAGAAAGCCAUCCUCGGCAGCAGCUCCGCUCAAGGUGUUUCUGGACGGUCAGGGGCAGGUGAGGCGCCGCUCGCGGGCAAAGAUGCCCGUGAAAUGAGAGGCUAUCUGAAGAAAUGGACGAAUUAUACCAGUGGAUAUAAGCUGCGAUGGUUCGUGCUUGAAGAUGGCGUCCUCAGUUACUACAAACAUCAAGACGAUGCGGGCUCUGCUUGUCGUGGCGCGAUCAAUAUGAAGAUCGCUAGACUCAGCAUGGACGCGCAGGACAAGACGCGAUUUGAAAUACAUGGAAAGUCGUCUGUCAAAUAUCAUCUCAAGGCGAACCAUGUCGUGGAGGCUAAGCGCUGGUUCUGGACUCUGAACAACGCCAUACAAUGGGCGAAAGAUGAAGCAAAGGAGGAACAGAGACGCCAGACAAGACAUGCUGAGGCACUUCGCCAGGCAAAGAUGGACCAGAUCGAAGGCCGGAGUCCAACAGACACUGCAUCCGAAUCCCCGAAUUUGGCCGCCACCAAGUCGAAUGGGAAAGGCCUAGCACCUCCGUCUCUAGCCGUGCCAAGUGGUAGCAGUCACAGACUCAGUACAUAUGCGUCUCGUACGACUCUUGACAGCGUACCUGCAGAUGAGGAAGCCUCAAUGUACGGUUCUUACGAUCAGAGCGUUUUGCAGAACGAGGUCAAUCGGGUGGUCAGUCAUGUAACUAGUCAUCCGGAUGCCGAAGGUGACGAGGACGACUUCGGCGAGUACGCGUCUAGUCGUGACAUCAGUCCUUCCGAUAAAGAUGCGCUGAACAUCACGGCGCAAUCGGCAAAACUUCAACUCGAGAUUCUGGCCAAUGUCGCCUCUGCGUUGCAAGCCGAGAAAUCGAAGGAUUCGAACGUGCCAAUCUCGGACCCCACGGUUGGUCAAGCCCUUGUAGCUUAUGAGGCGGCUGUAAGCAGCCUGCAAGGUCUAGUCCAAAACCUUCUCAAGAUAUCGCGGGAUCGCGAUUCUUAUUGGCAAUAUCGACUCAACCGAGAGGCGUAUCUUCGUAAAAUGUGGGAGGAAAGCAUGGCGCGCAUUGCACAGGAGCAUGAAGAGCUGCAAUCGAAGAUGGGGGAAUCUGAAGAGAAGCGCAGACGUACUAAGCGAGCUCUUAAAGAAGCUCUGGAAAGCGUGUCCGCACACACCAGUCGUCUUGGCAGCAAGGAUCCGUCUCGCAUACAAGUCUCUGGGGAAGAUAGCGGUGUUGGCCGAGAUGAGGCGGAAGAACAAGUUGCAGAGCCCGUGGAGGACGUGACUCAAUACGAGGAGAAAGAGUCUGGAAAGCCUUUACGUCGCAAGAGGUCGGCUCUCUCUCGCAUCAGCAGUCUGUACGAUUCUGAAUCGGACGAAGAUGAUGAAUUUUUUGAUGCUAUCGACGCUGGCGAGAUAGAAGUGGAAGACAUGACUACCUCGAAAUUGAUCGAGGAAGAGAAGGAAAAGCCAGAAUUAGAAAGCACUGAACUUCGAGCUGUGAAACGCGCCGAGAUAAUCCCCUCUUUCAAGGGUUACGAAGAGCCUGUGCGAACAAGACUUAAGCUGGACAACGACAAUAGGCCGAAAAUCUCCUUGUGGGGAAUCCUGAAAUCUAUGAUUGGCAAGGACAUGACAAAGAUGACUUUACCAGUAUCUUUCAAUGAGCCAACAUCAUUGCUUCAACGAGUAGCGGAGGACUUAGAAUAUGCUGACCUUCUGGACAUCGCGGCGGACCGAUCCGACUCGAUGGAGCGCUUAGUGUAUGUUGCUGCAUACGCAGCGAGUGAAUAUGCUUCAACGAUUGGCCGUGUGGCGAAGCCUUUCAAUCCUCUUCUUGGAGAAACCUUUGAAUAUGCUCGGCCCGACAAGGGAUAUCGGUUCUUCAUUGAGCAGGUUAGCCACCACCCACCGAUUGGCGCAGCGUGGGCCGAGUCACCGAAGUGGGAUUAUUGGGGGGAGUCCGCUCUCAAAUCAAAGUUCUACGGCAAAUCAUUCGAUAUCAACCUCCUUGGAACCUGGUUUCUGAAACUGCGUCCCGUGUCAGGCGGAGAGGAGCUCUACACAUGGAAGAAAGUCACCUCGUCUGUCAUUGGCAUUAUUACAGGCAACCCCACUGUUGACAACUACGGUCUGAUGGAGAUCAAAAACUGGACUACCGGCGAGGUUUGCUACCUGGAUUUCAAACCGAGAGGCUGGAAGGCGUCUUCUGCUUACCAGGUGACUGGCAAAGUUGUUGAUCGGGACGGAUCACCGAGAUGGAGUAUUGGUGGGCGCUGGAAUGAUAAAAUCUACGCGCGCCAUACCCCUGGGUUCGAAGCGCAAGUGUCCGGUCAGGAUCCCGAGUCAGCUAAGACCUUUCUGGUGUGGCAGAGCCAUCCUCGGCCAAGUGGAAUUCCUUUCAAUCUGACACCCUUUGUCAUUACACUGAAUGCUCUUCCUGAGGGUUUGAGAGAGAAUCUCCCGCCCACUGACACGCGACUCCGCCCUGAUCAGCGUGCAAUGGAAGACGGCGAGUACGAAUUCGCUGCUAAUGAAAAACAUCGGGUUGAAGAAAAGCAACGGGCGAAGCGUCGCGAGAGGGAGGCUAGGGGCGAGGAUUACCGCCCUCAGUGGUUCACCAGGGCUAAAUGUCCGAUCACUGGAGAGGAAUACUGGGCGCACAAUGGAAAGUAUUGGGAAUCGCCUUCAUCUACUACCUCUCAAACUGCGAAGCCACUAGCGCACCGAGCCUCGUCCACCUCGUCGAGCCAAGCGCAGGAGACGAGAGCUUUGCUGAAACCAAACAACCUCUUUCACCCUUUCUCGAAGUCCCCCGCACCCGCGAUUAGACAGCGUGCGGCGUUCAUCAGAGAGAAUGCUUUUUGUCCGCACCCGAGUCAUCAACAAACCCGUGCAGCUCUCUCGCCUCACGAUCCUGAAUCUCGGAAGAGCCACGAAAGCGCACUGCCUCCGGCCCACUCUCACUUUGAAUGCCCCGACUGUGGCGUUCCGAUCUACUGUUCCGAGGGACACUGGAUGGAUGAUUUUGAGGCGCAUCUGGAGAUCUGUGACACCAUCAGACAAAUUAACGAGGAUGACCACGAUCUUCAUUCCGGGCGUUUUUUCCCCGAGUUCACCUACCCAGGGUUGCAGGACGACAACUUCGUCAUUAACAUGACCAAUUGGGACACUUUCCUUUAUACACGGGAAUUUGAUGCGAUCAAUCAUGAUCGAAGCAUGCGACAAGUGACCAGGAUGCUUACAUACCCGCUGACGAUCGGAAGUGUUCUGCAUGAGCUGAGUCCUUACAGCGUUCGAAAGGGGGGUAGACUGACUACCGAAGGGCUCAAGAGCGUUAGCGCUCUUCGAUACACCUUGCACCCUCCAAAGACAGGAGAGGGCGUUGAUAUCCAAGGUCUGCGCCUGAAGGCACCCCCAGUUCGAGUCUUCAUACUCGGUGCGCGUGCCGAAUCAUCCCUUCCUCGCGACGUCUGGCUGCAAUUGAGCUACAUCUUCCCGCGGUCCUUGAUUCACUUGAUUUUCAUUGGACCUGAGAGUAUGGCCAACCGUGACGCCGAGUUCCCACUUCCCGAGCGGACCCCUGAGAAUCCGUUUGGGGGCAUUGUGGAGGAUCGACUUGGUGGCCAGUUGAAGAUCACAACGUACGUCGACUACUUCCACACCAUGUAUAAAGCGCAAUACUUCCAGCCGUUUGAUCCCUAUCUGGACUGCUUUGUACUUUUCCAUCCGGGUCUUGGGCACCCUGCGAGCUCACAUGAGUGGGAAGAAACUCUUCCACAACUUUUGGAGACCAAGGUCCCCAUAAUUACCACUGGAUACACACAGUGGGACAUGGAGAGGGAUAUCGACUGGGUCCGUGAGAAAUGCGCCGGUGAGUUCGACAUUCUGCUUGAGCCCGGCGAGAAUAUCUUCCGUAGUCUGCGCUGGGAUCUGAACGACUUGGAUCCUCACGAUGUUUCUUGUGGAAAUUGGGGUCUGUGGGCAUUCAGAGGAAAGAGAUACGAGGCAACCUACAGGGACUCAUAA